UAACAUCAAAGAGCCAACAUUUCCCUACUUAUAUCUAGCGUUUCGCACUGCAACCGGGAAAGAUUCGAGCCUGCGUUGACGUUGAGAGUUUGUUCAUGAUCUAGUGUAUUCAACUGACAGGUCAAUAGUUAUUAGCAUUAAGUCUCAUCGACAUGUCUGCUCUCGCUACUACAGACUUUAACAUUGUGUGCUGGGUACUUGGUGGUUUCAUCACGCUCUUUGGACUAGUAUCCUAUCUUUUCAAAGAGAAAUUAUAUCUCUCCGAGGCCUUGAUUUCGUUGCUAGCCGGAGUUGCGCUCUCCCCAUAUGCUAUGAACUUUAUAGACCCGAUGAGCUAUGCUGGAGGUUCUUUGGCCAACCUCAAUUCCAUCACUCUAAACUUCAGUCGCCUUGUCCUUGGUGUACAGUUAGUCGUCGCUGGUGUCCAAUUGCCCAGUCGAUACCUGCAAAGUGAAUGGAAAUCGCUAUUGGUACUACUUGGCCCAAUAAUGACUUGCAUGUGGCUCUUCAGCAGCAUGCUUAUUUGGGCAAUGGUUCCAAAUCUUUCAUUCUUGCAUGCCCUAGUUGUGGGCGCGUGUAUCACGCCGACAGAUCCUAUCCUUAGUAAUAACAUAGUUAAGGGUAAAUUUGCGGACAAGAACGUGCCUAAAGGGCUUCAAAGGAUCAUCAUCGCGGAGUCUGGAGCAAAUGAUGGCCUUGGAUACCCCUUUCUGUUUUUGGCUCUCUACAUCAUCAAAUAUACGGACGACGGGGUUCUUGGGCAGACCAAAGGGACUCAAGAGGCUAUGCGUCUUUGGCUUGGAGGGACGUGGGGGUAUGUGAUCUUGCUAAGCAUAGCAUAUGGUGCGACCGUAGGCUGGAUCGCAAGAAAACUUCUCCAGUGGACCGAAGGGAAGAAUUAUGUUGACCGGGAAAGUUUUCUAGUCUUUGCUAUCGCAUUAGCUCUCUUUAUCGUGGGCAGUUGCGGCUUGAUCGGUACUGACGACGUACUAGCCUGCUUCAUUGCUGGUAAUGUGUUUACAUGGGAUGACUGGUUCCGCUUGAAGACUCUCGACGAUUCUCUGCAGCCUACGGUUGAUAUGUUGCUCAAUCUUUCCAUCUUCAUGUGGUUUGGUGCCAUCUGCCCAUGGCCAAAAUUCCUAUACAACGACGUCUUUCCUAUACACCGCCUUAUUUUCCUUGGCAUCCUCAUCCUACUGCUGCGCCGCCUACCGAUAGUAUUUGCUUUGCGCAAAUUCGUCCAUCAAAUUGAGGAUGAGCGUCAAGCAAUUUUCGUCGGAUUCUUUGGUCCAAUUGGUGUCAGCGCCAUAUUUUACCUAUAUAUCGGUCUGGACUUCCUAAAUGGUAUAACAGACCAGAACGGCCUGCAACGAGCCGAUGCUGCGGUCCUUGCUGAGGUCAUGACUGUUAUUGUCUGGUUCCUUACAGUCUGUAGCAUCAUUGUCCAUGGCCUCAGCAUCCCCCUUGGCAAGGUAGGCUUCCAUCUCCCCCAGGCUUUGUCACAAGUAUUCGAUUCCACCAGCAAUUCGGAGUCCCGGCCUUUCCUUGUAGGGGAAAGAAUAGAGCCAGAGGUCGGUGGCCGCCGCGAAUGGUGCCAGGUAUCCGUCCAGUCGACUCCCACGAAACAAUCUGCCCCGGCCUCCGCUUCGAUCCGUCCAAUUUACCGUAUUGGAGGAUCUGUUAUUCCGGACAAGAGCUCUGGAUUUACAGUCUUGAAUGAAUCUCCUGGUCCUGCGACAUCGCCUGCUACGCCGUAUGGGACAAUUUGCCUCUCGAAUGGGCGGUAAAUGAGAUAUGAAGCUGGAAUCUGUGCAAGGUCUAAUACCAAAUCAAUCAUCUCUACGUUAUCAACUUUGCAG